AUGGACUUCCCCGAAGCCCCCAUCUUCCCGGUCCUCAAGGGCAAAGUCGCCAUUGUCACAGGCGGCGCCCAGGGGAUGGGCAAAGCCACCGCCAGCGUGUUCGUGCGCGCGGGCGCAAAAGUCGUCAUCGCGGACGUAAAAGCUGAGGAGGGCGAAGCGGUUGCAUCUGAACUCGCCAGCCUCGGCGAAGUGCGGUUCGUGAAGACAGACAUCUCGAACUCCGACGACGUCCGGAAUCUCAUUUCCCAGACGGUCGCGUUCUUCGGGCGGUUGGAUGUAGCCAUCAACAAUGCCGCCAUGAGCCCGGAUCAGACGGCGCUCGUUGAGACCGAUGAGGAGUACUGGCGCCGUUUGGUCGACGUGAAUCUUACGGGGACGGCGCUGUGCUGCAAGUAUGAGAUGCAGCAGAUGCGCAGCCAGGGGACGAGGGGGUCGAUCGUGAACAUUGCCUCCAUCAACGCGUUCAUGCCGCAGCCUAAUAUGCCGGCUUAUACGAGCACGAAGCAUGCGCUGCUUGGGUUGACGAAGCAUGCGGCGACGGAGGGAGGGCCGUUGGGGGUGAGGGUUAAUGCGGUUGCGCCGGGGGCAAUUUUUAGCGAGAUGUCUGCUAAAGCGCUCGAGAUCAUGGGCACGACGCACGAUGAGUUUGCGCCCAGAGUUAGUAGUCUGAAUAGGUUUGGUCAGGCUCAUGAGGUUGCGCAGGCGAGUUUAUGGCUUGCGAGUGAUAACUCAUCGUACGUCAAUGGGAUUACGCUGCCUGUUGAUGGAGGGUUCUUGUCAAAGUGGUAG